CAUUUAGCCCAAGGUGAUAGAGGCUAUGGAGGGAGGUAUCUGAUGCACUAACACACACUGUACUAAUUGCAGAUGCCACUAGGGCCACAUCCCAGUUCAAAAACACACAUGGACUGUCCUGGUGAAUUGGGGAAGCAAGCAGCAGCCAUUCAGCCAGCAGAAACAGAGAGAGGAAAGGAAAAAAAAGCAGAAGUUCAAAUGGAAGAGACAUCAUUUUUGAGAAACCGAUUUUGGGUCUUGAGACAUGGCAAAAGCAUUCCCAACGAGAGAGGACUCAUAGUUUCAUCUCUGGAAAAUGGCGCCCUUUCAGAGUACCAACUAGCGUCUGAAGGUGUCAAACAGGCACAAUUGGCUGGAGAGUUAUUCCUUGAGCAAUUGAAGGAAAGAAACAUACCACUAGAAAGUGUUCGCAUUUGCUACUCUCCAUUUGCAAGAACAAGUCACACUGCUAAAGUUGUUGCAUCUGUUUUGAAUCUUCCAUUUGAAGGUCCUCAAUGUAAGGUGAUGGAAGAUCUCCGAGAACGGUAUUUUGGUCCUUCAUUCGAACUAAUGUCGCAUGAUAAGUAUCCUGAGAUAUGGGCACUUGACGAGAAAGAUCCAUUCAUGCAACCGGAAGGUGGAGAAAGUGCUAAUGAUGUUGCUAACCGACUUGCAAGUGCCAUGGCAAGUAUGGAGUUGGAAUUUCAAGGAUGUGCGGUACUGAUUGUGAGCCAUGGUGAUCCUUUGCAAAUCUUGCAAACAAUACUCAGUGCAGUCAAGCAACACAAUGGAUCCACUUGUGAUGACUUAUCAUCGAUGGUUCAAGCAGUCAAAAUCCCUUCAAUCUUGUCCCAGCACCGGAAGUUUGCCUUGCUUACUGGAGAGCUUCGGCAGAUUAUAUAAAUCAACACUCUGCCAAGAAGCUAAACCUUGUGACUUUGGCAAACUAUUUUUAGUGUAGAUCCUGGAAUUAAUUUUAGCACCUGCCAAGUUGGAAAUUUGCUUGGGCAAUUGGGUAAUAUUUGUUGUCUUAUUAAUAAUCUAUGCUAUGGAAGAAGAUACGGCUUAUUGCAUUGGGAUAUUAUUUAUCAUGGUUAUUAUUUCCUGUUA